ACUCAUUUGGUAUUUCAAAACGAAUCGCUCCAGUUGGUGCUGCUCCCUGGUGUACUUUUAACAUCCGCUGACUGCGCUGUGAUUGUUUCCAGCUACCCGAGGGCGAAAACAAACGACCACACCGGCUAAUCACAUUUCGUACUGCGGAACGCUUAGUUACUGGAUCCUGAAAGGAUCGCCGAACCAAGCCACCAGACUGACUGCAACUUUGUUCCCACCCAGUCGAGGUGGAACGCUACACGAAAUGACUUUUCCCCUUUGAAUGGCCCUUGAGCCUUCACUGCAGAGUCCGGACGAGAGACUCCUCCGGAUAUGUUGGCGUUGGUAGUGACACUGGUUCUGUUCGUGACCUGCUAAACCACAAACCAGCAAAGUCAUUACUUUCGGCAUCUAAUCGUCCCAAUCCGAGCGUGAUUCAAGUUUAUUACUAGCACACAACAGCUCAACAGUUAAACCUCAGAUAAGUGCAGCAGUUCACCGCUCCGGUUCCAAGUUUCCUAGUUGUGUACAAGCACUUCGGCAUCAGUACAGGCACGCUCUGGCUCUGCCGACUAAAGUAUAGACACUUCGACAAACAUCCCUGCUGCCGGUGGUUUUCCCCACCCAGCAAGACGUACAUCAUCACAACCGCAAACAGGCUCCGUAAAGUGGAAAGUGCAUCCUGAUCCUGUCUAAGAGUGUUACAACACGUGGACUUGAAAGUUUCAGAAACAACAGCCUCUUUGUGUUAGGUGGCAAAGGAUCGCCAAGGUGCCAAGUGCGUGCCGAAACAUCCAGCCGGGGAUAAGAGAAUGCCGGGUGUGGUGUUUCUCGUUUGUGUACCGACGGCAAAUUAUGAACGGGUACUAAUUAAUGGAUUGGAUUUCGAAAAUGGUCAAUCGUUGCCGCCUCCGAUUCCACCCCAUCAGUCACCGAACGUUAUCGCUUCCGGCGGUGGUGGCGGUGGCGGCGGUGGCGUUGGUGCUCACAAUCUAAACCUAAACGUACCGGAAAAUGCAGUGCAAUCGAGUGAGCAGAGCGAAACUGCAAACGCAAUUCUACGACUGGAAGUUGAGCUACGGGACAAACACGCAGUGCAUCAGAAUAAUCGGCGGCCGGGUAAACCACGGCCACUGCAGGGAAGAGGACCGCCACCACCACCACCACCGUCGGCCAUCAGCAGCCCAUUCGCUGGUCAGGGCGGUGCUAUCAAACCACGGAACGAUAAUUGCUUUGUUCCGAUGGACAAGGUACUUGACGAGCUGCUGAAAAAGCUCGAGAUUGAGCACGUACUCUGGCAACUGGAUCGGUCCGGUCACUACCAUCAGGUACUGUUCCCGUUGGCAGCCGGUGAUCCGUGCGAGACAACCCUGCACUGUCUGACCGAGCUGGGCAUUGGUUUACGGGCAAACUCCAACGUGAGUGUACUACCAUGCAGUGUUUGCUACGAUGGAUCUUCGACGGAUGCCGGUGCGAAUGAGGAUGAAUAUGGGGACGAAAGCGGCGAGCAAAAUUCCAAGUGGGAAAACUUUGUAGAUUCGAUCCGAUCGAAGCUUACGGUGAAACAGGUUGUGGACGGAGUUCGAGCCGGCGGUUCGUUAUCCUUCGACUAUCUACUGCUUAUCGUUACGGCCGACUCGCUGGCCGCUCUUGGAUUGGUGGAAAACAACGCCCCGAACAUCGUUGCCGCCAUGUUGGUGUCACCCUUGAUGGGUCCGGUUAUGUCAAUUACCUUCGGAGCGAUUAUCGCCGAUCGGGAGCUGGUGAAAGUGGGCUUCAUCUCGUUGGGCCUCGGGAUGUUCAUCUCUAUUGUGUUUGGAUUCAUUUUUGGUUUGAUCCUGGGUACGACCGAGAUGCCGUGGGGAUUCGGCGACUUUCCAACCGAGGAGAUGAAAGGACGUGGAAAUGCUCGGUCGCUGUGGAUGGGAAUUCUAUGGGCCCUCACUUCUGGCAGUGGCGUUGCGGUUGCACUGCUGCAAGGAUCGACCGGACCGCUAAUCGGAGUGGCCAUUUCGGCUUCGUUGCUGCCACCGGUCGUUAACUGUGGACUAUUUUGGGCGCUCGCUUGCAUUUGGCUUAUCUACGAAGACAUCAAAAUACCGCACCUGAAGGGCGAAGCGUUCAAAGGAAACUCGAGCUACGAGUUCCUCUACACCAAUUACAUCCCGACGGAGUUCCUAAUUAGCGGUAUCGUAUCCGGCCUGCUGACAGUGAUCAACGUAAUUUGCAUCUUCAUUACGGCCAUUAUUGUCCUGAAGAUAAAGGAAGUGGCUGCCCCUUACACUUCAAGCCCCGAUCUGCGAAGAUUCUGGGAGACGGAUAUUCGAACCGCUCGGACGGCUAACCGAACAACCAUUAGGAGAAAGCGAACUGGCGAGGCGGACCUAAUGUCGACAUACGCCGAGCUGGAGAACGACCCGAAGGCCCGUGAUCUGGGAACGGCACUGGAGCAGGCUCUGAAGGAAGCCGUCGACGAUGAUACCUAUCGAAAGGUAAAGCGGAUGAGCUACUCGAGCAACGCUGCUAGUGGGAUUGCUGAACGGCUGUUUGGCACCGGUGGCGUUGGGUCAUCCACACCGAGCGGCAUACCAGCGAAUCGGGCCAGCGUUCGUAAUUCCAAGAACACGGCGGACUUGAAAUUGUUGGAAAAGCUGGUAACGUCUCUGCUCGAAGCACAGGAUUCGGCCAACCGGCAGCGUUCCACGGAGACAAUCGGUGGUGGUUCGGGCUCGGUGAUGCAACGUUUGCGGCCCAUGUCCCGCUCGUUCCGAUUGCCAAGUUCGAUCCGGCGCAAGGAUCCCGGUGGUUUGUCGCAGACCGGCAACGGUGCUGGGCCGAUGCCAACAAUCCGAGAGCUGGCUGGCAGUGGUCAUCGAACCAACUCGUGGGGUGACCAGAAUAGCAACGUCCGACGGGUUUUAAAUUCGAUUGCCAAUGCACCGCAGCGGUUUAGUCAAUCGUUGGCCGGCGAGGGACGGGACGACGAGGAACGGAACAACUUAACGCAGAAUAUUUUGUGAAAUUAUUGUCAAUUGUUGUGUCGGUCAACAUUUUGGUUGAGUUCAAAUCGAUCGAUAUUCAAACUAUUUAAUUCGUUGAGUGAUUUUUCCAUUUAUCCCGUAUUUUUUGUAGUGCUGAACUACCUAAUCCAAGUGCAAGUACAAGAUUAGAAUGUAGACAUUAAUAAAAAAAUGAAUAUUGCCCUAAGAUUUACUAUAUUAAACAUGUUUUAGGAUGAAUUCAGAAUGUAAUAUCAUGAGAUUUUAAAUUUUUGUUUAAA